CCCCCCGUUCAGCCUCCCGCGCGGCCGCCAGAAGCCGCGGCUCUAAAGCUGCGAGACCCGCGGCCGCCCGACUGCUGCGAGCCCCUGCGGACAGGAAGGCUAAGGCCUCAGCGAUGCCGGACUCCCCAGCGGAGGUGAAGACACAGCCCCGGUCCACACCCCCCAGCAUGCCGCCCCCACCACCUGCCGCGUCCCAGGGGGCCACACGCCCCCCCUCCUUCACGCCACACACACAUCGAGAGGACGGGCCUGCGACGCUGCCCCACGGCCGUUUUCAUGGCUGCUUAAAAUGGUCUAUGGUCUGUCUCUUGAUGAACGGCAGCAGCCACUCGCCGACAGCCAUCAGCGGCGCGCCGUCCACACCCAACGGCUUCAGCAAUGGCCCGGCCACCUCGUCCACGGCCUCCCUGUCCACACAGCACCUGCCCCCAGCCUGCGGGGCCCGGCAGCUCAGCAAACUCAAGCGAUUCCUCACCGCCCUGCGGCAGUUUGGCAGCGACAUCUCCCCGGAGAUUGGGGAGCGCGUGCGCACGCUGGUGCUGGGCCUGGUGAACUCGACGCUGACGAUCGAGGAGUUUCAUUCCAAGCUUCAGGAGGCCACCAACUUCCCUCUGCGGCCGUUUGUCAUUCCCUUCCUGAAGGCAAACCUGCCCUUGCUGCAGCGGGAGCUCCUGCACUGUGCACGCCUGGCCAAGCAGACGCCCGCCCAGUACCUGGCCCAGCAUGAGCAGCUCCUCCUGGACGCCAGCGCCUCCUCCCCCAUCGACUCCUCAGAGCUGCUGCUGGAAGUCAACGAGAACGGCAAGAGGAGGACGCCCGACAGGACCAAAGAGAACGGGUUGGACCGUGACCCGCUGCACCCCGAGCACCUCAGCAAACGGCCAUGCACCCUGAACCCUGCCCAGCGCUACAGCCCCAGCAACGGGCCCCCGCAGCCCACGCCACCGCACUACCGCCUGGAGGACAUCGCCAUGGCCCACCAUUUCCGAGACGCCUACCGCCAUGCGGACCCCCGGGAGCUGCGAGAGCGCCAUCGGCCGCUUGUGGUGCCUGGGUCCCGGCAGGAAGAAGUGAUCGACCACAAGCUCACAGAGCGUGAGUGGGCAGAAGAGUGGAAGCACCUCAACAACCUCCUGAACUGCAUCAUGGACAUGGUGGAGAAGACACGGCGCUCGCUCACGGUGCUGCGCAGGUGCCAGGAGGCCGACCGCGAGGAGCUCAACCACUGGGCACGGCGCUGCAGCGACACGGAGGACACGAAGAAGGGCCCCAGUCCCGCCACGGCCCGGCCCCGCAGCAGCUCCGCUGGCCCUGAAGGUUCUCAGCUAGACGUGCCCCGGGAGUUCCUGCCAAGGACCCUCACCGGCUACAUGCCCGAGGACAUUUGGAGGAAGGCUGAAGAGGCCGUGAACGAGGUGAAGCGGCAGGCCAUGUCGGAGCUGCAGAAAGCCGUGUCGGACGCGGAGCGCAAAGCGCACGAGCUCAUCACCACGGAGCGUGCCAAGAUGGAGCGGGCCCUGGCCGAGGCGAAGCGGCAGGCCUCCGAGGACGCUCUGACGGUCGUCAACCAGCAGGAGGACUCCAGCGAGAGCUGCUGGAACUGUGGACGGAAAGCCAGUGAAACGUGCAGCGGCUGCAAUGCGGCACGCUACUGCGGGUCCUUCUGCCAGCAUCGGGACUGGGAGAAGCACCACCACGUGUGUGGCCACAGCCUGCAGGGCCCUGCGGCCGUGGUGGCCGACCCGGUGCCUGGACCGCCCGAAGCCGCCCACGGCCUGGGCCCCUCCCUCCCCGUGGGUGCUGCCAGCCCCAGCGAAGCCGGCUCUGCGGGGCCUUCUCGCCCUGGCUCCCCCAGCCCGCCUGGCCCGCUGGAUGCCGUGCCCCGCUGACCCCACCAGCCCCCGGCCUGCUGGAUACAGCACCGUGCCAACCCCACCCAGCUCCAGGCCCGCCGGAUGCUGUGGCCUCUGACGCCCGGCCGGCCAGACGCUGUGCCCCACCUGGCCUGGGGAAGCCGACCAAUUAGAGUCACUGCUGCUACUGCCCCUCUCCAAAAGAAGACACAGAACCAACAAAACCGCAUUCAAUGCACCUGCCUCAGCUACCAAAUGAUUCUGCGCGGACACCUUGACAACCUCUUUUCAAGCAUCCUCAGAAGCCUCGAUGAGCUUUAGACAGCAGAGCGGAUGCCGCGGGCGCGGCAGCUCUGCCCACCUCUCUCUCUUUUCCUCUCUCUCUGUCUCUCCCUCUCUGUCUUCUCUAUCCUCUCUCUCUCUCUCUAUGACUAUCACACACUUUCUCUUCAAUGAAAAAAUCUAAUUGGUGGCUUAUAUUUUCAGCAAAGAAUUUUGGGGGGUUUUGUUUGUUGGCAAAAGAGCUACUCAGAAAUGGACAAAGACAACUCUGGGGGUUCUCCCCCUCCUGAUUAAAAAGGGAGAAAGAAAACUGUGAUUUUAUAGCCGGAGAUCUGAACCCAGCUGUGCCCCUCCGCCAGGGGCGUGAGGCUGAUUGGCGAAGACGGGAGGAAAGAUUUCAAUUUCUGACUCAAGAAGCAUUUUUGGUUUCAGAUUUUUUUUUUUUCCUGUAAUGUUAAACUCUUUGGCUUUAAGUAAAAAUCCAAAAAGUUUUUUUAAAAAAGCAAAGGAAGCAUACUUGUGAACUACCUUGCUAGCUAGCCAGCCAAGGAUACCGGACACACCUCUGCUCCAAAGGAAAUCCAAAAAAGCAAACACAAGAAAUCAAAAUCCAAAAUUUGUCACUGCCAAA